AGUUUCACGAUGUUUCCAUUGGCCAAAAAUGCACCAAUUCAUCUCCCAAUUCGAAGCAUUCAGCAAAUAAUGUCAAGGCAGAUCCACCAGAAACAGGCACCUGAUUUCCAUGACAAAUAUGGCAAUGCUGCAUUAGCUAGUGGAGCCACUUUCUGUAUUGCUGCAUGGACAUAUACAGCAAUGCAAAUUGGAAUAGAAUGGAACCUGUCGCCUGUUGGCAGAGUCACCCCAAAGGAAUGGAGAGAUUAG